AUGGAAGAAAGCAAUAGUGAUGCACAAAUCCAACCUACCAAAACCAAAAAAGGAGGAUGGCAUGCUGCCAUCUUCAUCAUAAUUAUGGAAGCUGCAGAGCAAUUUGCAAACAUUGGAUUAGGUUCAAAUUUGAUUUUAUAUCUCAAUAAAGCACUUAAUGAGCCAUUAACUGAAGCUGCUAAGAACAGAAACACUUGGGUUGGUGUUUCUUCUAUCUUUCCUUUGCUUGGUGGAUUCAUUGCUGAUUCAUAUCUUGGUAGAUUCAAGACAAUUAUCAUUGCAUCUCUCAUCUAUCUCAUGGGUAUGAUUUUGUUGACACUAUCAGUCUCUAUUAUAAAAAACAAGAAGCUGUUUUUUACCGCGCUUUAUAUAUUAUCGGUCGGCGAUGGAGGACACAAGCCAUGCGUACAAACAUUCGCUGCCGACCAAUUUGCAGAAGACACAUUAGAAGAGAGAGAUGCCAAAAGAUCAUUCUUCAAUUGGUGGUACCUCGCAAUUGUAAUUGGUUCAGUUUUCGCCGUGUUCGUGAUAGGAUAUCUGAUGGAUAAUGUAAGUUGGGGUAUUGGACUUUUAGUGUUGGCAUCAAUGUUGGCAAUAGCAUUGGUGGUGUUCUUGCUAGGAACAAAAAGGUAUACAAAGGAAAGCCCGAAAGGGAGUCCGAUCACUAGUAUUGUUCGAGUUUUUGUUGCUGCAGCACGUAAGUGGCGCGUCAGAGACACGCGCGGCCCAGAUAGUUAUUGGUAUGGUCAUGAUCAUGAUAGCUUCCAUCAUUCCCGAUCAACACCAAUAAUUCGAACUUUGGCUCACACUAAACAAUACAGGUUUUUGGAUAAAGCAAUGAUCAUUGAUGAACAUGAUGCAUCUAGAAAAAUUGUAAAUCCAUGGAGACUAUGUUCAAUGACGCAAGUCGAAGAAGUGAAGCUUGUGAUUCGUCUGAUUCCUAUAUGGCUAAGUUGCUUAAUGUUCACUGUUGUUCAAAGUCAGUUAGGAACGUUUUUCACGAAACAAAGUAGCACAUUAGACAGAUCAAUUGGACAGCAUUUUGUGAUUCCUUCAGCAGCACUUCAAGGCUUUGUUGGAAUUGUGAUCUUGUUUGCAGUGCCCCUCUAUGACAAAGUUUUUGUGCCGUUUGCGAGAAAAAUUACAGGACAUCAUUCUGGUAUAACCGUUUUGCAGAGGAUUGGAGUUGGUCUUUUUUUGUCGAUAUUUACGAUGAUUGUUUCGGCUCUUGUGGAAACUAAAAGGGUUGGUGUGGCCAAGAAUCAUAAUCUCUUAGACAAUAAUCAUAGCAAGGAGAUUAUUAUACCUAUGAGUAUUUGGUGGAUGUUACCUCAAUAUACUAUUCUUGGAGUUUCUGAUGCAUUUACAAUUGUUGGAUUACAAGAGUUGUUCUAUGAUCAAAUGCCUGAUGCAAUGAGAAGUUUAGGAGCUGCAGCAUAUCUAAGCAUUGUUGGAGUUGGAAGUUUUGUUAGCAAUGGUAUUAUAAGUGUUGUGGUGGAUGUUACUUCAAAGGUUGGUGGAAAAUGGUUGGGAAGUGAUUUGAAUAGGGCACAUCUUAAUUACUUUUAUUGGGUGUUGGCUAUGUUAAGUGCUCUUAAUCUUUGUGUUUAUAUGUGGAUAGCCAAAGGUUUUGUGUACAAAAAGAGACAUGUGGUUGAAACAAGUGCAAUGGAGUAUAACUCCUAG